UUCUCUGGUGAUGCGUUUUGGUCUGAUCAUCUAUUGGCUGAAUAUUUUUCGGGCUAAGGGUGUUUACCACAGAUUUAUUAUAGCAGUCUGACCCUGCAACUUUCGGACCGUUACAUAUAUGAUUUGUUGUUGUACGUCAUGUCGACUAUAAUCUAACAUGAAAUCUGCAGCACUGCUCUUCGGGAUUUAUCUCGUCUUUGGUUAUUUCAGCAAUAUAUCUGGUGGAAUUGUGAUUGGAAAUGUGAGAGAAGAGUGCAGAGCCCAUUAUCCCAAAGAUGCAUGUUACAUAGGUAUAGACCUGAAUGAUUAUGUCCAAGGAUGUGCAGGAGAAUACAAAAGCUAUUGGGAUUGGUAUUUGCCCCUAUUAAAAUUCAAGUUCAUUAGUGGACAUGAAACAAUUGAAUUCACUGUGAAACAACCAGAAACAAACACUUCAUGGUCAUGGUCAGUCAUGGCUUAUGCCUUCACUAAAGAAGAACUGAGACUCUGGGAAGCGUAUCAAGAUCUCUUCACUAUAGUUUGUACAAUUGAGACUGUAAAUGUGAGAGAAAAGUCAACUCUUACCUGCAGAGGUCCUCUUCACAUUUCAUUAGGCUGGAUUAAAAACAAAAGAUUUGACUGGUAUAGAAACAUGAUGGACAUGUCUAUAGAAACACAGAACGAUGGUAAAACAGUCUGUGAAGAGCCUUACAGAUACAACCAACCGAUAAGCUACUCAUGUCCUUACAAUGCAGAUGAAACCAUGACAACAAAAUUCAAGUUCAUGUACAUAGCCGUAUGUGGACUAAAUACAACAACAGAAAUCACUGUGAAAGUAACAGCAAGUACUGUGCCAGGAAAAACUUUUAAUGCCUUGACCGCCAUAGACCAGAGACACAAGAAGUUAUUUAAGGUUAAAGAUGACAUCAGUAUAACAUGUGAAGAUGUGACUGGAAGUGUGGGAGAAGAGUUAACUCUUACCUGCAGAGUCUCUGAUUGGAAUGAAACAUGCUGCGUUGAGGUGUACAUGAUUACACACACAGCGAGCAAUGAUUCCUCAACAAUCUGUGAAAGGGGGUUCAGCAGCCAUUUCUGUCUACAGUUCAUCAGCAUCUUUUGUUCUUACACUGCAAAAGCAGCAAUGACAACAAAAUUUCAGUUCUUUCUGCAAACCACAUGUGGAAAUAAAACAUCAGAAUUCAUGGUGAAUGUAACAGAAACAAGCACUGUGUCAGAAACAAGCACUGUGUCAGAAACAAGCACUGUGUCAGGAAAAACUUCUAAUGCCUUGACUGACAUACCUGAUCAGAGAGACAGGGAUGAGUUAUUUAAGUUUAAAGUCGCUGCUGUAUGUGUGCUGUCUUUCAUCCUCUUUGCUGCUAUAAUUGGAGUCAUUAUGUGGAUGAACUCCAGUCAGGGUAAAAGAUUUUUAAGAGGUUGUUUGAGAGGCACCACAGAUACUGACUCAGUGUCAGAUCAACAAAUGCAGAGCUAUGCCUCUUCUGAGUCUAUGGAUAUCCCUGAAGGAAAUGUUUGAUAAGCUCAUUUUGUUUUGAUUUAGAUUUUAGCCAAGUGUGUUGACUGCAUGUUUUGUGUGCUGCAGAUUAAUUUAAACCGGAAGUUGCACUUGACUUUUGUUAGAUAAAUAUAAUCCCUCUAUAUUCUGAAGAGUCAUUCACAACCAGAUCAAUAUGCAGUUUCACUAGUUUGCCUGUGCAUUCAGGUCUUAAUGAUUAUUAAUGGGUAUUAUUGAAUUUUUUUUAAUGUCACAUGGUCAUGAAUGUUAUUUUCAACUGAUAACUGACUUUUUCAGUCAGAAGAUGAGAAACAGGGAGGGAAAUCAUAAAGAACUCAGUUUGGUAUGUUUUUUGGGCAAGAAAUCAUACACCAAGAGUCACUUAUUUAUCCAAGUAACUUUUCUUAUUAUGUACAAUAUGGAAAUGUUAUAUUUCUCCAAAAAAACAAAAACACAUCUAUUUAUAAAUGUAUAAUAUUUAAAUUGCUAUGAAAUAGACAAUUUAUAGUCAUCAAAUAAAUGUCAAUGGCGUUUAGGCACAAACUCAAAUUUCAUUUAUUUAUCUAAGCUCAUUCAUUAUCAUUGUAUACAACCUGGAAAUUUUACAUUUAUCAAAAAAAGAAAAUUUCUGAAUGUAUAGUAGUUGAACUGACCUAAAAUGAACAACUAAUGGUCAUCCAAUGAUUGGCCAUGAGCAUUUUCUUGGGUGUAUAUAGUGUAAAUAUCUUGUUCUUGACUGUAAAGCACUUUGAAGGGCAAAAUAAAUAUAUAUAUAUAAAUAAAACUUAUCUUAUUAAUUUAUGAAUAUUCUGGCAUACUGGAGAUUUGACUACCACAUUUUUUUUAUAUUAAAAUAAAGGUAAAACACUAUUAUAUAAGUAAAUGUUAUUCUCACUUACUGUGUCAACAUGAUUACAUCUGUACAUUGUGACAGUAAUGCAGAUUGUUUGUAUUUGUUUGUUUUGCUGUUUAUUUUUACAUGCAUACAUGUUUAUUUUAAGCCGCCUGUUUACAGUGAAGAAACAAAUGACACAGAAUGAAGCUUUGAAGCGAUGUUUGUGUGUAUUAUCUGAGAGGUGACUGAAUUUAUUUUACCUGUAUGUAUUUUAUGUCAAUUUUUAAUUUUACAUUGUGCAUUAUUUUUUCUACUGUUGUAUAUGUUUGUUUUGUCUUCCUUCACAAGUGCAAACACAGUAAGAGUACUGUAUAAGAGGUUUUUACAGUAUGUUGUGAUGCAGUAAAUUUCCACGACACAGUCUGUGCUAAUACAAUAACAACACAUGUUGAAUCUGUUUCUAGUUAGAAGUUUUUGGGAACAUAACCAAAAAUGCAGUAAACAUUUUAUUUUCACAUCA